UUGGGUCCCCACCAUUCGUGGUUGAGUGAACGUGUAUACAUGUUCUCGUUUCUUUUCUUUUUUGGGUUGGAGUUUGGGCUGCGUUUACUGUUCAUCACGUUUCACCAUAUUUUCCUUGCACUAGGGGCAUAUCCGUGAGUGCUGUAAAGAGCGCCGUGCCGUGCUCGAGUAUAGCGCAGCCAUUUAUCGCUCUCUCGUGUCUAGCAUCGAUAUCAUAGCAUGCAAGUUAUAGGAUCAAAUUACGUCGGCAUGAUACCGGUACAUGUUCCCUCCCCUCUACCCCUACCAAGAGAUCAAGGUAGUGAUAACAUUAAUUCUCCCACGCAACAGAGAAACACUCCUACUUCCCCUUCCGACUCUCCCCCUUAA